GAUGCUCUAAGCAUAUCGAUUAUAGCCGAGAGCCUGAAACUCAUAGGACAUUCCCAACCGAUUGAGGGCCCGCACACCGAUCCCUUCGAUCGAACCAUAAAUGUGCCACAGAUUGUCGACUGUCUACUCCAGUUGUAUAAUCGCGCCAAUGCUGCUCACGGUCAGUCGGUCAUGGAUGGCACCGGUCCGCAUCUUCGAGUCGGUCUCGACGAAUUCGAUCCUCAGAGCGGGUUCGAUGAUCCGCUCAAUCCCGGCUAUUCGCCCCGCAAAACUCCUCCCAAUUCCCGCUGCUCCACUCUGCCGGCCGGCGCGAAACCGCCAGAAAUCCGUGAUUAUGACGAACCAAGAGGUCGUGGAUCGAUCACAAAAUGUGGUCGUGGAUUUCGUCGUUCUGCCUCAGCGCAGCGAGCUUCCCGUCGCGCUACUCCCACUGGGUCCGGCCGUCCCGUCACCGCAUCUAAUCUCGUUGGAUCUGCACUGAACGAGAGUAAUCGAAGUGCCAGUUUACCAGAGAGUGUUCAACUGGCAGCAGCGGCUAGCGGUGCCCCGCCAACUUCUACCUCUCGAGUCUCCGGACGACACGGAUCCCAUAAGCUGAAACGUGGUUAUCCAACCGGUCCGACCAAAUAUCCGGUGAACGUUUGUGUCGAUCUAACCCUGAACUGGUUGCUAAAUGUCUAUGAUAGAAUGCGCAAAGGAAAUAUACGAGCCAUUUCUUUCAAAGUGGCCUUGACAAUCCUGUCCGUGGCCAAUCUGGAUGAUAAAUAUCGAUAUCUGUUCAGUUUGAUUGCGGAUUCUAAUGGGUGUGUGACAGAACAACGUCUGAGCGCGCUACUCUAUGAGUGCAUUCUGAUCCCCCGUAAUCUGGGUGAAGGAGGAUGGAUCGGGAAAGAGGAUUUCACCACCACAGUCAAAUUAUGUUUCAGCCAGGCAAGUGCCAUUCGACCUCGGGAAAUAGCCCGAAGCUCAGAUCGUCAUCAAAACUCCUCACCGUAUCGAAGCCAAAGUAUUCCUGUGCGUCAUUUUCUUACGUGGCUUCGUUUCGGGCCUCAGACAAUCAUGUGGUUGCCGUUGCUUCAUCGAGUUUUGUUGGCCGAACAAAUGGUACAUCCUGUUCGGUGUGGAGUCUGUCAGUCUCAUCCAAUAGUGGGACUGAGAUACCGAUGCCUGCGCUGUCUAAAUUUCGAUUUGUGUCAGCAAUGUUUCUUUAGCGGUCGGACAGCACGCAGUCACAAAUUGACUCACCCCAUGCAAGAAUAUUGCAGUAAUUCUACCUCGAGCGACUCCUUCCGCGAUUUCACCCGAAUCGUACGGAAUCGAUUCCGGUCCCGCGAUCGAUUACAACAAGAAAAUUCGAACCAAGCAGCACUCGGUCGUCCAACACUCCAAUUGUCCGGAUCGAGCCGGAGCCGUGGUCGAUGCUGUGAACCGACUGUUUUCUCGGAAGAUAAACCUCGACCAGCACCGAAAUUCGGCUCAGAUUUGGCCUCGUUGCUUCCUCGGGACACGACAAGUGAAACUUCCAGCGGACGUGGAGAACUGUACAAAGGAAGCGCUCUGGAAUCCCCGGAGCCGUCAUUUGUCCACGCACCGACAUCCAACAUUAUGGAGCCUGUUAUCAGUCGACCCACGUCCACUCAACUUCACUCGACCACGGAAAAUCAUCCUUUACCGAGAGCGGCCUCAGACACGCGUCAGAUCACGUACGCGUAUGGGGACAUGAACGCAACCGCGGAGCCGUAUCGGGGAGAGGAAACUGGACUGAGUACCAUGCAUCCGGGUCGGGGCAGCGCGCCUAUCGCGGAUGAUGAGCACCAUCUGAUUGCCAAAUACAGCCGAGAACUGCGUCAACAAAGUGAACCGGAAUUGACACCCAGACAAGUCAUGCACACAGCUCAUGCACCCACAAUUCCCAGUUUGAUGGAUCGUUCGACCAUUUCCGACGGGUUUCCCAGUUUUGGAAACCAGCCCGGAGGAGAACAACAAACAGGUCACCUGAGUCUGGACCGUAGACAACUGGGUCGAACAAUGGUGUCUCAAUCAGUGCCAUACAGUGGCAGCUCCACCGGUCAUUACGAUCCGAAUGCCACCUACGGACGUUUCACCGGUUUGGAUUCUAUGCCACCACCGCAGAUGGAACCCCAAUUCGGUUACAGACCCACACCACAACCAAUAGGCUAUCCAAUGGCUUCCAAUCCCUCAAUUCCGCGGGAACAAACCUACGAUCCGUAUGGUGCAAACAACAUUCAACGCUCAUACUCAUUAAGAGCUAGAUCUCAACCGCCACCGGAUGCGCACUGGCAAUCGCUUCGUCAAACCCCGAACGCACAAAUGGAAAUGCGAUCCCAGUUGUAUCCGACACACGUAACCAGCUCACAAACAGGAUACCCACAAUCGGCUAUUCAGACAAUCCGCACCCUGGAAGAGGAAAGACGAGCUCUACUAACCGAGUACGACAGACUUCGCCAACGAGGUCUGACACCAGCCACUCCAUACUCAAACACAUCCCGAAUGCAAACACAACAGGCUCAACAGCGUUUUGCGCGAAUGCAACUGCAGCAUCAAUUAAUGCAACAACAAGAGUUGCUACGAGCCAACCUGUCACGUGGAUAUAACCAACGCAUGCCUCUCCAACGCCCGCCAUCUGCUGGACCGGCGUACCCCAGUGCAACCUCUGUUCCCGGUCGUUUUACUUAUGGUGGAAGUCUGGGAAGGGCAAACAGCGUAGCUAACGGUUUCAGCUAUCUCGGUGAUAUGUACGGAUCCGAACCACGAGUAGGAGGUGCGUCCUAUGGUCCGGAUGGUGUCGGUCUGGCAAGUACAGAAUUCCAAGCGGUUCCCAUGGCCGCACCCGGUGAUGUUGCCGCCACUGAAGCGAGACUGUUACGUGAGCACAAGGGACGCCUUGAGGUGAGAAUGCAACAGUUGGAGGAUCACAAUCGGCAGCUUGAACAACAGCUACAACGUCUACGCCAAUAUUUGGUUGGUGGAGCUCCUGGCGCAACACCAUCAGGCGCACUGGGAGUCGGGGGGAACACUAAAGCUUCGGCAGAAUUACUCUUGGAUCCAAAAAUGUUACGACAGGGCAAAUCGCUCACUGGUAGUGGCAGUGUUGGCCAGCUAGCAAACGCAUCACGUCCGGACGUGAAGACCACCGUGGUCGGAACAGACAGUAGUUAUCGGCAAAAUGUGGACCCCGCACAAUCGUCAUCCGCGGUCACGAGUCGUCUGAAUCAACAUGAGUAUUAUCAACCGAAUAGCGAAGACCUCAUUUCCGGUACAGCAAUCAGCCAACCACCAGCACCAUCACAGCAGCAUACGUUCCCCGGGAUCAAUCGAGCAGAUUUGAACCGAUACAAUUGA